AUGGUUAUGGCAACAGCUAUCGUCGAUUCCUUUACGCCGACCUUCUUUGACAAUCACAUUGUUACUUGGAAGCGUCGCCUAUUCGACCAGCAACAGCCGCAUAAUGGCCCCGUGGUAGCUAAACAGUUGAUUGGCGAUGCUCUCCGCCAGCGUGUGGAGGGUAUUGACCAUGAAGCUUGUGACCCUGGAGAUGAGGACACCUUUUUCGUCAGCGAUCUCGGCGAGGUCUAUCGCCAGCACCUGAGAUGGAAGAAAAAUCUUCCUCGCGUGAAGCCCUUCUACGCGGUCAAGUGCAACCCUGACCCCAAGGUCCUCCAGCUUCUGGCCGGACUCGGCACCGGUUUCGACUGUGCCUCCAAGUCCGAGAUCGAGCAGGUCCUGAGCAUGGGCGUGGAUCCGGCUCGGAUCAUCUAUGCUCAGCCGUGCAAGACCAACUCGUACGUGCGAUACGUCGCCAGCCAAGGCGUCAAGCAGAUGACCUUCGACAACGCCGACGAGCUGCGCAAGAUUGCCAAGUUGUAUCCCGCUGCCGAACUCUUCUUGCGCAUUCUGACGGAUGACUCGUCGAGCAUGUGCCGCCUCAGCCUGAAGUUCGGAGCAUCCCUCGACGCCACCGACGAUCUCCUGGCCCUCGCCAAGGAACUCGGUCUGAAUGUCGUCGGCGUGAGCUUUCACGUUGGCUCGGGUGCCUCGGACCCGCUUGUCUUUCUGAAAGCCGUUCGCGAUGCGGACACGGUAUUCAAACAGGCUGGCGCUCACGGUUUCAAGUUGAAGACGCUCGACGUUGGCGGCGGAUUCAGCGGCAACUCGUUCGAGGAAAUGGCUCACGUCCUUCGCGAAGCGCUAGACGAGUACUUCCCGCCCCAUAUCAACAUCAUUGCCGAGCCCGGCCGCUACUACGUCUCUACGGCGUUCACCAUUGCCUGCAACAUCAUUGCCCGACGCACUAUCGAAAACCCGGCCACGGGCGAGACCAGCUACAUGGCCUACGUCAACGAUGGACUCUACGGAAACUUUAGCAGCAUCAUGUUCGAUCACCAGCAUCCCGUCGCCAAAGUUCUGCGAACGGGCGCGCAAACCUUGUACGACACCGCCCUCGCCGAGAGUUUUCCCGACGGUUCGAGCGUCGGCAUCGAGUACUCUAUCUGGGGCCCGACCUGUGAUGGUAUCGAUCGUAUCACCGAAAGCAUUCGCUUUCCCCACGAGCUCGACGUGGGUGACUGGCUCUAUUUUGAGAACAUGGGCGCCUACACCAAGUGCUCGGCCACCCGGUUCAACGGCUUCAGCGAUAGCCACGAUGUCAUCUACGUUUGUAGCGAACAAGGCGCACGGGCCAUCAUGGGUUUUUAG